UGAACCCAAACCGAAUCUCUGAAGCUCCCGCUCUUGUCGUCAGGACGCCCAUGUCCAUUUGAUAUCCUCGUCAUCCACCCCCGGCCGGGUCUCCUCGAGCAGCUGCUCUCGCAUCACCCCGCUGGCUUCCAUCGUGGAUGCUGUGAAGGAGUCUAGCCUGGGCCCCGCAUCCUGUCACACCGCGCUUGCGCCGCCAGCCACCGUUUGAGCCGUCCUUCUAUGCGACUCGAAUAGGCUCGUGUCCCUCGAUCAGUAGCUUCAGCCCCGCGACGCCUCCCGCCAUAGGGUCCCAACACUUCGCAAGCGCCCUGCCUUCCGGCUCCCUUGGCCACCUCCCAUCCGCGGCGACCUGCUGCAAAUGGUGCGGCCUGACUGCUUCAUGUCGCGGUGAUCGUCGCGCCCGGAACGGAGAGACCAGACACCAUGGCCGCCCCGAACCCCAGCGCGACCGCCGCGCUGGCGGAGAUCAUCCAGGACCUCCGGUCAAAAACCAUUAGCGAGGAUGGUCGACGGCGGGCGUCGCUCCAGCUUAAGGACCUGGUGUCGCUUGUUCAACGAGACUCCUCUCCGGAACAGUUCCAAGUUUUUUGGAGCACCGUUCUCAGCAAGAUCGCCGAGCUUUUCCAGAAGCACGACGGCGGUGCCAGUACGACUGCGGACCGCCUGGGUGGCAUCUAUGCCUUCGAUGUCUUUGUCGACUUCGAUGGCGUCGACUACUCGGCCAAGUUUGCGAGAUUCUCCGUCGCCCUAUCCAAGAUCAUGCAGGGCAAGGACGUCAACUGCAUGCAACAGGCCGCCGUCGUUAUCGGAAAGCUAUGUCGACCUGGCGGUGCCAUGGUCAGCGAGUUCGUCCAGUUCCUCACAAACUUCGCCAUCGAGUGCCUCCAGACCCCGCGAUUGGAGGAGUCGAGAUAUAGUGCCGCUCUCGUUCUUCGCGAGCUCUGCAAAAGUGCCCCGACGCUCAUGUACAGCCAUGUUGCCGAGGUGCUUGAUUGGAUCUGGGUUGGCCUGCGGGAUAACCGCCUUCUGAUCCGGGCCACGUCGGCCGAGGCCGUCAGCGCCGCAUUCCGCAUCAUCCGCGAGCGAGACCAGGAGAUGAAACAGGCAUAUAUGCUCAAAAUGUAUCAGCAAGCUAUCCACGGCCUCAAGAUAAACACAGUCGAGGCAAUCCACGGAUCGCUGCUCGUACUGAAGGAGCUUCUCGAGCAGGGCGGCAUGUUUAUGCAGACAUACUAUCCCGAAGCUUGCGAUAUCGUCUUCAAGUACAAGGACCACAAGGAGGCUGUCAUUCGAAAGACAGUGGUUAUACUGAUCCCAGACCUGGCCCAUUAUGCGCCGACCGAGUUUGGGCAGCAGUACCUCCACCAGUUCAUGGUCUACCUCUCAGGAAUGCUUAAAAGGGACAAGGAGAGGAACGAGGCGUUUGUGGCCAUCGGGAACAUUGCCAAUGCGGUCAAGAGCCAAAUGGCAGGCUACCUCGAGGGGAUCCUCCUUUAUGUCCGUGAAGGCUUAAGUCCGGCAGCUCGGAAGCGUGGUGUCCCUGUCGAUCCCGUGUUCGACUGCCUCAGCCGGCUUGCUGUCGCCGUUGGGCAGACACUGAGCAAGUACAUGGGCGGACUCAUGGACUCGAUAUUCGAAUGCGACAUCAACCCCAAGCUGACCCAGGCCCUCGUCGACCUGGCCUUCUACAUACCCCCGCUUCGUCCCACCAUCCAGGAGAGGCUGCUCGAUAUGAUCAGCAAAGUUCUGUGCGGCGAGCCGUUCAAGCCGCUCGGCGCCCCCCAGCCGAAUACCCUCACCUCGGUCCCCAUCAUCCCCAAGGACCCCAAGGACCCCCAAGCACAUGACAACCGCAAGCAGGAGAUCAAAUUGGCGCUCAACACCCUGGGUAGCUUUGAUUUCACAGGUCAUGUGCUCAACGAGUUUGUCCGCGACGUUGCUAUAAAGUAUGUUGAGGAUGAUGACUCGGAAAUCCGCCAGGCCGCAGCCCUUACAUGCUGCCAGCUCUACGUCGUCGAUCCAAUCGUCAACCAGGUUAGCUACCAUGCUCUGCAGGUCGUCGGCGAUGUGCUCGACAAGCUCUUGACCGUCGGGGUCUCGGAUCCGGACCCCAACAUCCGCAAGGUCGUGCUGGCCGCCUUGGAUGAUCGCUUCGAUCGGCAUCUGGCCAAGGCCGAGAACAUCCGCACUCUCUUCUUCGCCCUCAACGACGAGCACUUCCCCAUCAGGGAGGUGGCCAUCGAGAUCAUUGGGCGUCUCACCCACCACAACCCGGCAUAUGUCGUUCCCUCGCUUCGCAAGACUCUGAUCCAGAUGUUGACAGAGCUGGAAUUCUCCGACGUGGCGAGGAACAAGGAGGAGAGCGCGAAGCUCCUGAGCCUGCUCGUUCGGAACGCCCAGAGCCUCAUCCGACCCUAUGUGGAGCCAAUGGUCACCGUUCUUCUCCCUAAAGCCAACGACCCGAUCCCGUCGGUGGCUGCGACCAUCUUGGAGGCCAUCGGGGAGCUUUGCACCGUGGGCGGCGAGGAGAUGCUCAAGUAUAAGGACAAGCUGAUGCCCUUGAUCAUCGAGGCGUUGCAGGACCAGUCAUCCACUAUCAAGCGUGAAGCAGCCCUCCAUACGCUUGGGCAGCUCGCCAGCAACUCUGGCUACGUGAUAGCGCCUUACAUCGAAUUCCCACAGUUGCUGGACCUGCUUCAGAGCAUAAUCCGCGGCGAGCCACAUCACACCCGGCUGCGUCAGGAGACUAUCAAGCUCCUUGGCAUUUUGGGUGCCCUCGAUCCGUACAAGCACCAGCAGGUCCAGGAGAAGACUCCAGAUGUCAACGUUCGUGUCGAGUCCACCCAGAUGACCGACGUCUCCCUGAUGAUGACGGGCUUGACCCCCUCAAAUAAGGAGUACUACCCUACAGUGGUGAUCAAUGCGUUGCUGGGCAUUCUCAAGGAUCAUUCCCUGGUCCAAUAUCAUCAACCCGUCAUCGAGGCAAUCAUGAGCAUAUUCAGGACCCUCGGUCUUGAAUGUGUGUCCUUUCUGGACCGCAUCAUACCAGCUUUCCUGCAGGUGAUCCGAAGCUCGUCGCCCACCAAGGUCGAGGGCUACUUCGCACAGCUGGGACACCUCGUCGGCAUCGUCCGCCAGCACAUUAGGAACUACCUGCCGGACAUCAUCGACCUUGUUCAGGAAUACUGGUCCCAACAGUCCCUCCAGUCAACGAUACUGUCGUUGAUCGAGGCCAUUUCAAAGUCGCUCGAGGGAGAGUUCAAGAUAUACCUCGCAGGCCUAUUGCCCCUGAUGUUGGGUGUGCUCCAAAAGGACAGCAGCGCAAAACGCACCCAGUCCGAGAAGGUGCUCCACGCGUUCCUCGUGUUUGGCACAAGCGCGGAGGAGUAUAUGCACCUCAUCAUCCCCGUUGUCGUUCGGACUUUUGAGAAACAGGGGCAGCCGAUAUUCCUGCGGCGGGCAGCGAUCGAGACUAUCGGCAAAAUCUCGAAGCAGGUCAACCUCAACGACUACGCGGCCAAGAUCAUCCACCCCCUCACUAGGGUGCUUGCGACCGGCGAACUCCAGCUCAAGCAGGCCGCGGUCGACACCCUCUGCGCGCUGAUAAUGCAGCUAGGGAGAGAUUUCCUUCACUUCGCCUCGACUGUUAACAAGGCAAUCGCUGGCGUCCCGAUCAAUCACUCUGCUUACGACAUGCUGCUCGGCAAACUCCAGGCCGGCGAGACAUUGCCGCCUCCAGGGUCGGACAGCAGACCGGCCGCCGACGACUUGUCCUUCGCUGAUCAGGCCACCAAGAAACUGGAGAUGAAUGCCGUGCACCUCAAGGCUGCGUGGGAUACUAAGGGCAAGUCUACCAAAGAGGAUUGGCAAGAGUGGCUACGGCGGUUCAGCACGACACUACUUGCCGAGUCACCGAACCACGCCCUGCGGUCCUGCUCAGCGCUGGCCAACCAGUACCCACCGCUUGCGCGUGAACUGUUCAACUCGGCCUUCGUCUCAUGCUGGAGCGAGCUCUAUGAGCAAUACCAGGAGGAGCUGAUUUACAACAUCGAGAACUCCAUCAAGUCGGAGAAUGUGCCCCCGGACCUGCUUGGCCUGCUGCUGAAUCUGGCAGAGUUCAUGGAGCAUGACGACAAAGCGCUGCCCAUAGACAUCCGCGUGCUGGGUAGAGAGGCCGCUCGCUGCCACGCUUACGCGAAGGCCCUUCACUACAAGGAGCUGGAAUUCCUGCAAGACCAGAGCAGCGGCGCCGUCGAGGCCUUGAUUGUCAUCAACAACCAGCUUCAGCAAUCCGACGCUGCCAUUGGCAUUCUGCGCAAAGCACAGAACUACAAAGACGGAAUUCACCUCAAAGAGACGUGGUUUGAGAAGCUCGAGCGCUGGGAGGAGGCCCUGGCCUUCUACACAAAGAGGGAGAAGGAGAUCCCGCAGGGCCAAGUGACACCUGUGGAGAUCUUCAUGGGCAAGAUGCGAUGCCUGCACGCUCUCGGCGAAUGGGACUCUCUCGCCCAACUGGCAGGCACAGCGUGGUCCAACUCCUCAUCCGAGCUCCAGCGGCGUAUUGCGCCGCUCGCCACCACGGCCGCCUGGGGUCUGGGCAAGUGGGACUCGAUGGACGGCUACCUGCAGACAAUGAAGCGGAACUCUCCAGACCGAUCGUUCUUCGGCGCUAUUCUCGCCCUACAUCGUAACCAAUUUGGAGAAGCCGCUCGCUGCAUCGAACAGGCGCGCGAAGGCCUCGACACGGAACUCAGCGCGCUUGUGAGCGAGUCCUACACUCGCGCAUACACUGUUAUCGUGCGAGUGCAGAUGCUGGCUGAGCUAGAGGAGCUCAUCACAUACAAGCAGUGUGAUGCCAAGAAGCAGGCCACUAUGAGGAGCACAUGGGAGGCCAGGCUGAAGGGCUGCCAGCGCAACGUCGAGGUGUGGCAGCGCAUGCUCCGUCUCCGAUCGCUGGUCAUACAGCCCAUGGAAAAUAUGCACAUGUGGAUCAAGUUUGCCAACCUCUGCCGCAAAUCCGGGCGCAUGGGGCUGGCAGAGAAGUCGCUGAAGCAACUCAUCGGCGUCGACGCCUCGCUUGAACGCACCAUACCUGGCUGGACAGGCGGCAUGGACGAGCGCGGCCAGAACGGGGACGGACGCCACUUUGAAGCUCCUCCAGUACCGAUCGGUACUCCCCCGCAGGUCACGUACGCUGUCCUCAAGUUCCAGUGGGAUCUCGGCCACCAGCCUCAGAACAGGGCCACUGGUGUGGCCGAGAAGGCGCUUGAAUGCCUGCGCGACUUUGCGAUGGACAACGCAGCCCGCAUCGAUGUCACCAGGCAGCAGCUCCAGGCGCGCCCGCCGAACAACAUGGAGCUGCAUAACGGUCACAUCCAUGGGCAUGGGCAGUUCGCGCCGUUCCCCGAAACCAUUGAUCUUGCCCCCGAUGCCCAGCGCGUGAUGAAGGAGGACGCAAUCCUGCUCGCCAAGUGCUUCUUGAGGCAGGGUGAGUGGAUGAAGACCUUGAACAAGGACGACUGGCAGUACACGCAGGUCGACGAGAUCAUUCACAGCUACUACCAGGCAACUAGAUACAACCCCGACUGGUACAAGGCGUGGCACGCCUGGGCUCUUGCCAACUUUGAGGUCGUCCAGGCGCUUACUAACAAGAACGCCAGCGAGGGCGUUCAAGGUCAAGCCUCCCAGGUGGACCAAAAGAUCAUCGAGCACGUCGUCCCGGCGGUGAAGGGAUUCUUCAAGUCGAUCGCGCUGUCGCAAGGAAGCGCGCUCCAGGACACGCUGCGACUUCUCACACUGUGGCUCGCACACGGCAGCAGCCCCGAGGUCAACGCUGCCGUCACCGAGGGGUCUACCAAGGUCAAUGUGGAUACGUGGCUGGAGGUGAUCCCGCAGCUGAUUGCGCGCAUCAAUCAGUCCAACAAGCGGGUGCAGUUGUCUGUGCAGAACCUGCUUGCGGACGUGGGCCGGGCGCACCCACAGGCGCUCGUUUACCCCCUGACAGUUGCGACGGAGAAGUCGGAGCACUCCAAGAAGUCGGUGGCGGCAAGCGUCAUCAUGGACAACAUGAGGCAACAUAGCCUCAAGCUUGUCGACGAGGCGGCUGUAGUCAGCCGAGAGUUGAUUCGCGUGGCCAUCCUAUGGCACGAAAUGUGGCACGAGGGGCUGGAGGAAGCCUCACGCCUCUAUUUUGGCGAUAGAGACAUCGAGGGCAUGUUCAAGGCACUGGCUCCGCUGCACGAGGCCCUAGACAACGGGCCGGAAACGCUGCGGGAGAUUUCGUUUGCGCAGGCCUUUGGGCGAGACCUCACCGAAGCUCGCGAGUGGUGUAGGCAGUACCAGCACAGUCGGGAUACCAACGACCUCAACCUCGCUUGGGAUCUCUACUACCAAGUCUUCCGACGCAUCUAUAGGCAAGUGCCUCAGAUGACUUCGUUGGAGCUUGCUUACUGCUCGCCCAAGCUUCUCCACGCUACAAACCUGGACCUAUGCGUCCCGGGUACCUACAAGAGUGGUACCCCCAUCAUCAGUAUUGCCUCGUUCGACCCGACGGUCGCUGUCAUCAAUUCGAAGCAGCGGCCGCGCAAGCUCAACAUCAACGGGAGCGACGGCAUUCCAUACACGUUCCUGCUGAAGGGCCACGAGGACAUUCGGCAGGACGAGCGGGUCAUGCAGCUGUUCGGCCUAUGCAACACACUGCUGGCCAACGACUCGGAGUCUUACAAGCGACACCUCAACAUCCAGAGCUACCCAGCCAUCCCCCUGUCGCACAACUCUGGUCUCCUGGGCUGGGUCCCCAACAGCGACACGCUCCACACGCUGAUCAGGGAAUACCGAGACAGCCGCAAGAUCCUUCUCAACAUUGAGCACCGCAUCAUGCUCCAGAUGGCGCCAGACUAUGACAACCUGACUCUUAUGCAGAAGGUGGAGGUGUUUGGAUAUGCGCUUGACAACACCACGGGCCAAGAUCUGUACCGCGUUCUGUGGCUGAAGAGCAAGAGCUCCGAGGCCUGGCUGGAGCGGCGCACAAACUACACGCGAUCCCUUGGAGUCAUGUCCAUGGUCGGGUACAUCCUCGGCCUGGGCGAUCGGCAUCCGUCGAACCUGAUGCUGGACCGCGUGACGGGCAAGAUAGUGCACAUCGACUUUGGCGACUGCUUCGAGGUGGCCAUGAAGCGCGACAAGUAUCCGGAGCGCGUGCCCUUCCGGCUGACUCGCAUGCUCACGUACGCCAUGGAGGUCAGCAACAUCGAGGGAAGCUUCAGGAUUACCUGCGAGCACGCGAUGCGGGUGCUACGGGAGAACAAGGAGAGUGUCAUGGCCGUGCUGGAAGCCUUCAUCCACGAUCCACUCCUCACUUGGCGUUUGACCAAAGCCCCCAGCAAGGCUGGGCCGAACUUCGAUUCCGAGCGAGAGCGCGAUCUUGUCGGCCCCGAUGCGGCGCGGGCGCGGCGGCCGUCGAUCCUCGAGGUCAACGUGCCGCCAUCCGAGGUCAUGGCCGCGCAGCUCAACGGCGACGGAGGCGGCCUCACGGCGGGCGGACCGCCCAAUGGGCGGCGGCGGGCGGGGACGAACUCGUCAGCUCUGGGGACCAGCCAGGGCGCCAACGGUCAAGUCCCGAAGCAGGAUAUUGCCGAGAUUCAGAACGAGCGGGCGGUCGAGGUGCUGGACCGCGUGUCACAGAAGCUGACGGGGCGAGACUUCAAGCCCGAGGAGGAGCUCGACGUGAUCUCGCAGGUGCACAAGCUGAUCAUGGAGGCAACCAAGCUGGAGAACCUGUGUCAGCACUACAUAGGAUGGUGCAGCUUCUGGUGAUCAGGCAAUGUUGUCUCUUGAUCGGCACGCGCACCUUAAUCAAUGGUGGAGUGGGAGAUGAAAUUUUACGGAGAUGCUUGGGCGAGAUUCGUGGCCCGGAGGGAUUUUUUUUGCUAUGAUUCUCGUUCAUUAUUUGAUAAUACUGGGACUAGUUAUAGUCAGUCUUUGGCCCCGAGACCUCUUGAUACUCAUGAGGCCUCGGCCAAAGCCUGAUAGAGAUAGAGGGGUCGGGGGCAUUUACCUGGGAGUUUCUUGGACGGUUGGAGAAUAUGCGCUCUAGGAACUUUGUGCUUGUGUUCUGAUUCAG